UGGUCUGAAAGUUGGCAGGAGGCCAUGAAGAAGAGGCUGGGGUUUCUGUUGCUGCUUGUGGCGGCGUCUGCAUUGGUCGAGUCAUCGAGAGAGGGAAGAAGAGGAGGGGAAGAGAGCCUGGAGAGGUUCUUGGAUGGAUGGAGGCGCCAUCUUUCUUCUCCACCUCCUUCAUCUUCGUUGGUUCUCAGUGGGUAUCUUGUAGACAAAAUAUGGUCAGUUUGCUUACAAGACAUAGUUGGUCCAGAGGAAACAUUAGGAUUUGGCGAAUCAUUUGCUUGGGAUGGGCUAUCAAGUCAUUCAACGGAGGAUGAACUGAAGAAAAUGCUAUUCAUGGAACUUAUGACUCUUCUUCCACCUGAGAAGUUUUCUAUUACUUAUGAUUGUAUCCGUGCAAACUACUUCAGAUUGGGCAUUCCACAAGUACACAGUGUUGCGCUGAGCAAUUAUCUUCAGAGCCAGCAGUCAUUGCUUGGUUCAAACUUCCAUGUGAGACGACGUUUGGUAGAUAAGCUGGUUGGAGAUGCUCCUUCCAUGGCUCCAGCUUUUGCACCAUCGAUGUCGUCCAGUGAUGAAGUUCACUCUCCCCAUUCUGUGACAGAGGCACCACUUAAACCUUCCAACUCUCUGAACAUGGAAUCUCCCAACCCACAUUAUCCCAGUAAACCUGCACACAAGCAUUGGGGAGUGCCUCCUCCAGUUUCAACUUCAGAUAAGCAUCAUGACUACAUGAAAGUAGUCUUGAUAGCUGUUCUUCCAACGGCGGUGCUCUCGUUCCUAGCUGCAUUUCUAUGUUUCUACUGCUGUGGAUGCAACAAAAGCAAGGUAUCAGUUGGUGAGCAACGAGAUGAUCGUCCUCUUCUUCACCUGCAGUUCGCUAACUUGCCUGGUUCAUCGCCUGAUGCGUGUGUUCCUGUCAGCCCACUUCAUAAGGAUGAUCAUGGGGUUCGACCUUCUAAUGCUGGUGUAAGCAUCGGCCAGUGCUUUCCAUGUUGUUUUAAAACCUCAAAGGAUGCCACAACACCUACUGGAGGAACACAGGAGAACAAUGCCAUAACUGACACUCCUAAGCCGAUGCCUCCGCUACCGCCUCCGCCACCUCCUCCACCUCCACCUCCACCUCCGCCUCCGCCUCCACCUCCACCUGUCAAGAAGGGUGCCCCUCCCCCACCUGCACCUCCUAAAGGUACCUUGGCAAGAUUUCCUAAGCUGUCACCUGCCGAAUCAAGUCGUUCUGAAGAGUCAUCUGCAAGCGAUGUGGCCAGCGAAUCAUCUGAAACUGAAGUGAAUGCUCCAAGAGCCAAGCUCCGGCCUUUCUAUUGGGAUAAAGUUCUUGCUAAUCCUGAUCAGUCCAUGGCCUGGCAUGACAUCAAAUUUGGUUCUUUUCAUGUGAAUGAGGAAAUGAUAGAAGAACUGUUUGGUUAUGGCGCGGGCAAUCAAAACAAUGCCAAGGACAAGGAAAUUCCCAUUGCAGAUCCUUCGCCUCAGCAUGUUUUUCUUCUUGAUGUUAAGAAGUCAUGUAAUCUGGCAGUUGUUUUUAAGGCAAUGAAUGUCAGGGCAGAGGACAUUCAUGACGCUCUAAUAGAAGGUAAUGAACUUCCUAGAUUACUUCUUGAGACAAUCUUGAGGAUGAAACCGACUGAUGACGAGGAACAGAAACUCAGGCUUUAUAAUGGGGACAACUCGCAGCUAGGACUAGCAGAACAAGUGAUGAAGGCUCUAAUUGAUAUCCCUUUUGCUUUCAAGAGGAUUAGAGCUUUGCUUUUCAUGUCCUCUUUGGAAGAAGAUGCUUCGAGUCUCAGGGAAUCAUUCCUCCAGUUGGAGGCUGCUUGUGGUGAACUAAAGCACCGCCUUUUUCUGAAGCUACUAGAAGCCGUUCUCAAAACCGGAAACCGUUUGAAUGAUGGGACCUUCCGUGGUGGCGCCAACGCAUUCAAGCUUGACACUCUUCUGAAGUUAUCAGAUGUCAAGGGCGCUGAUGGAAAGACCACAUUGCUGCACUUUGUUGUUCAAGAGAUCAUUCGAUCCGAAGGUGUUCAUGAGGCGAGGCUGGCCAUGGAAAGCGGAAGAAGCCCACCAUUUCCUAGCACUUCAGAUGACAAUUCCAAUGAAUCUCUACAGGAAGAUGGCAGUUACUACUCCAGCCUUGGCCUUAAGAUUGUGUCAGGCCUUGGUAAUGAGCUGCACAAUGUGAAGAGAGCAGCAGCACUGGAUGCUGAUGCUCUGUCGACCAGUGUGGCAAACCUGCGACAUGAGCUGUUGAAAGCCAAAGAAUUCCUGAACUCUGACAUGGCAGUGCUGGAAGAGAAGAGUGGAUUCCACCGCUCGUUGGAAAGUUUCAUAGGGCAUGCAGAGUCUGAGACCAAUUUUCUCCUGAAGGAAGAUAAGAAACUGAGAUUGUUAGUGAAGAGAACAGUUCGAUAUUUUCAUGGAAAUGAUGAGAAAGACGACGGUUUUCGCCUGUUCGUCAUUGUAAGAGAUUUUUUGGUGAUGCUAGAUAAGGCAUGCAAGGAGGUUGGUGCUUCACAAAAGAAGGCAACAAACAAAUCUCAGAGCAAGGGUAAUUGCACCCCAUCAACCCAGUCAAAUCGUCAGGAGCAACAGUUCCCAGACAUUUUGGAUCACAAUUUUGAUAGCCCGGAUUCUAAUGAUUGACACAUAGAUACAGUGUUAGAUGCAUUAUGUUAGAUAUAUUUUUUUUCGCCCGGGACCAUGUAAAAAUCCCAUUUGCAGAGGCAUUGUUUAUACACAAUCACAUACUAGUACAUUCAAUAUCACAUCUGAAGUCCUGA